AUCAAAAUGUCACGAAGUUGGCAUUUGAAAUUGAUCCAUGAUUAAUGACGUUUUACAAAUUUUAUAUUUCUUCCUGAAAUAUAAAGAGCAAAAUGCGGAGGAGAGAAACGGUUAAAAAAGCUUUGCAGAGAGGUGACCACGAAAAUGCUACUAGUAGCUUUGAAUCGAGAGAAACCUCCUCUUUGAGAAUGAUAAAAGAUGUAAGAAAACCAUUGAAAGGUGCCAGUGGUAGAGGCCUUGGAAAAGCGGGAGCCAAACGUUUGGGUCGGAUGCUCAUACAAGCCCUGCAGCCUGGGGAGGAACCGAAAGGAAGGGGGAAAGUUUCUUUACCAAAGACUCCCAUUGGUCUUUUAGAGUAUCACUUUCAAACCGACCCUAACAACGCAUCCGAGACAGAUUCUCCAACGUUGCCCUCGCCGCAGGUUUCAAGGUUCAUCAGCCAGGCAGUCUCCAAAUGCAAACGUGAAGGUGGCAUCUCCAUGGCAGAGCUCAAGCAGAUGCUAGUCGCUGAGGGAUGUGAUGUCAACAAAAACAAGCAGGUUAAUGUAGUGACCAAAAGACUAGUAAAUGAUGAGACACUUGUGCGAACUACAAGAAGUGCAUCAUCCAGACUCAACAAUAAGAUAAAGCAGAAUACCACUGCCCACAAAAUCUGCAAAGGAGCUGAGUGGUCACAGCGGAGAGGCAAAAAGACUCCCACGCCAAGAGUAUGA